AUGGCCUCGAAAUCCACCAAGUCCAUUUCCUCUCUCGAUCCCGAGAACGGUUCGGUCAAGGACAGCACCACCAGACGACCACCUGAUGUGCAGCACAACAAUGACCCUGCUCAGCAGGCCACCAACCCAAUGUUGACUCGCUGGGUGUACGAGACACGCCUCGAGGAGCUUCCACUCGUCGACCGAAUGCUUCAGAAGAACGCAGGAACACAAAAGAAGAAAGAGAGCAGGGGGGAAUCCAGGUCUUGA